CCAAACCUCUCCAAGCAGCGGCCGCGCGUAAAGAGCCGGAGGCGUCGCCAAAGGAGGAGGAAGGACGCGCCCGCUGCGCUUUUGCAACCAUGAAGGCGGCUUGGGCGGUUCUGUUGACGGCGCUCCUGGGCGGCCAGGGAGCUUUGUCGCUGGUAUGCUGGUGGUGUGACGGCGCAGACUCCAACUGGGGCUGCUGGAGAUGGCAGUGGUGUUCGGAUUCCGACAACUAUUGUGCAACCACAUACAUCGGCGGAGGAAUCGGCCGCUAUUCCAGCCAGUCGAUCAGCAAAGGUUGCGUUCCUGUUUGCCCCCAGGGCGGGGUGGACAUCGGUUUGGCAGCUGCCUCCAUCAAUUGCUGCUCGUCUUCCCUUUGCAAUAUCAGCGGAGCCUCCAGCGUCAAGAGCAACUACCUGAUCCUGGCCAUGGGGAUCCUGGCUAGUUUCUUGUACCUGUUUGGAGGGAGGCUGGGAUAAGCAGCCCUCUGUGACCUUCCCGGCCUUCUCCAGAGAGAAGGCAAAGAUUGUGCGUUCGUGGCCUUUAACUCUCUUGCUUCUAGCUAGAGAUGGGGAAGGCCUGGGAGAAACAGAUAAAAAUGGGGAGAAGCCCCAUUUUUUUUUCCCUGGAAACAAUUUUUAAGAAAGGAUCACGAAAUAUUUUAUUUUACAACGAUGCAACUGUUUAUGACGCGGUGUUCGUAUAGUUAACCUUCCAAUUUUAUUUCUUAAAGCUAUGUAGCAUGAAGACCUUUAUGUAAGUCUAUGUAAAACUAUCACAUCAUUGCCAUGUCUGUACGUCGAGGAUAAGCAAAUGCUGGAAACAUUCAAAUGCCGAGGAUCGACAUUCCCUCUAAGCUGUGGAGUCUCGUGAGCAAAAAUCCCGCUUCGUGAGCUCCUGGCCUUAAAGUUGUGAGCGACUGCGUAAAUUGAGUUGGCUCUGGGGCUGUUUUUCCUGAGCGAAGACAAACUUGUGAGCCGGAGACUGAAAAAACUCCACUCGCUCAUGCUAACGCAGCUUAGAGGGAACACGGCUGAGGACACAAUCCUUUAAAACGCACGAGAAAGGUGCAUUUCUGUCUCUAGGGGCGUUGCAGUGGUCCCAAGGAGAAAGACAUCAUGCUGUCAUAAACUGGCAAAAAGAGGUUCCUUAUAGUUUAGGUAUUCCGUACAUUUCAGGACCUUGUCGUUUCACUUGUAACAAAAAAACAGCAUUUAAAAAAGUAAAGUCUGUUUGUGAUUUUAUUUUAUUUUAUUUUUUUUUUGAACAAGCUGUACUUUUUCAUAUACCACAUGUGAUACUUUAAUGCCAAGCCAAUUUAUGGACACUGCGUUUUAUGUUCCCCAAAGUAACAAAGUGACCUUCAGUCUGUAAAGAGUACUAGUAUUGCAUUUUUACCAUUUUUUUCUUAAAAUUCCUGGGGUUUUUUCAGAGGGGGAGGGGAAACGGGCUUUUUUUCCCGUAGCGUCAAGACUUUCUGGAAAUUUUUUUCCAUCUCUGCUUCUGGCCCUUCAAGACACUUGUGUUCUGUGCUUCCAAGUAAUCACCAUUCUGCAUUUUGCAUUUUGUACCACACUUAAAAGAGGGAUCCUUUUAAAAAAUAAAUUCUGGAAAGCAACAGCUUGUGUUUGUGUGAACAACGCUGCCCCCUUGAGGUCGCUGAUGGUCCUUCUUGCCCGGGUGAGGGAUAAGAUUGCCAAAACAUUCCAAAAAGCUUUCUGAGGGUUUUAAGAAUAAAUCAUUCCAAGGUCCUUGAGGUGUCUUGAAUCAUCAGUCGUUAUGAGGCCAUGGAGCAAAGACCUUCCGUGGGAUCGCCUUUUGUAAGACUUGGGUUCGAAUCGAAUGUUUUUUCUGCCUGCUAUCAUUUUGUCAGACAAAGGGGGAGAGGAAGGAAUGCUGUGCUGUGCUUUUUGAACUUGAAUAAAGAUGUUCUUACCUUUA